GUUCCAAUGGGGUCGCUGUGUCCAUUUCUUUUACUGUCUAUGGUUUCGAAGGCUGUAGAUGUGUACUUUUAUUUUAUCGUAUGAAUCAGGUUAAUUCUUGCUUUUUUUUUUGGAUGUAUAGUUUAAAUUAUGUAUAGACGGAACUGUUGAGGAGUAGAAAACAUACCUGCGGGAUUUAUAAUUAACAGAGUGAAUCAUGUAUGGCUCUUUGCAAUAUUAUUAACUAACUAAGGGUGCUUCAGGUGAUGGAGGACUUCUCAGGUCUGGCUCUGCCUCCGCUGUUCGGGGGACACUUCCUGGAAGCGGAGCUGGAGACGGGCGGCGUGGAGCUGGGCCCCAGCGGCACUGAGCUCCUGGAUAGCGAUGGGGCCCCGUCGGGCCCCGCACAGGACGAGGAGGAUGAGAGCAGGGAGCUGGACCACAGCAAGUAUCACGCUCUCAGCAAGAGGUGCAGGGAGAUCGAGCAGGUGAAUGAGAAGAUUUUGGGGCGGCUUCACCAGGUGCAGAGACUGACACGCCGACUGAGGAAAGAAAGAAGGUUUCUGAUGAAGACUCUGGACUCGUAUGGAGAUGAUUACAGGACGGCGCAGCUCACCAUCACACUGGAGGAUGAAGGGAAGGCGGGUUUAGAUCCAGCUGCUGAUGAAGACAGCUCUUCUCCAGCGUUUCCUCAUCAGUCAGCAGCUGGACCAAAGAAGAAGAGACACCGGGUCCCGAAAGACAAAAAGCGAGACGCACAGAUGGAGUCGGAGCAUCCAAUCACGAGUCAGGAUUCUUCAGCCCUCACUGAUCCCAGACCGGACGAUCACACUGAGGCUCGUUAGCAUGCCCAAAAACACUCCGCUGCUCUUCAGGAAUGAAGAAGAACUUUUUUUUGUUGCAAAAUUAUGACUUUUUUUAAUAAAUCAUUUUAAUGUAACUCUACAGCAUUUGCGGUCAAUCUUUUGUGAUGAUGAGGACAUUAAAGAAUCUUUAGGUUAAUGAAUGGAACUGCAGCUUUUUUUUUUUUCUUCACAAAUUGAAUUCCACAGCUGUACAAAUAAAGGAUGAUGGCUAUCCAGGGUUUCCGAGGAUCUUAAAAAGGUCUUAAAUUUGAGCUUAAAAAUCCUGCAGAAGCCCUGUCUGUCUGUGUUUGCUGUAUCUGUUGAAGCGGCGGGACAGGAAGCUGAUCCUCUCAUCCAGGAUGUGCUUGUCCUCGACCAUCCUUCGCUCUCCCACCAUCCUCUUCCUCCUGACGAGCCGCUGGAGCUCGUUUCCUCUGAAGCCUCAGAUCAAGUCUAUCGGAUGAGCUUUAAAAUCCCCAGUCAUGUAGUGCUGAUCAGUGCACAACACAGCAGAUUGAGGAAAUGUGAUGAUUGUAAUGAAAUAUUUGUCUAUUAAGAAUCUCCUGGUUGGUCUCA